AUGAAUGCGGGUGUUCUCUCAAGGGCGUUUAAAUUUGCUGACAACUCCAAUGUUUUCUUUCAAUGUCAAGUGGCGUUGAGUCUAAAGGAGAAAUAUGACAGUGGAAAAUGUCCGAGACCUCAAUGUGCCGCCGGUGAAUAUAAGGAUGCAUCCGGUCAAAAUGCAGCAUAUACGAGAAAACGGCGAUCCUUACAAUAUGUCGAGCAAACUUUUGAUCUGACAGCCGAGCCUAUUUAUGUGAAUGACAUUUCAGGCUCAGAAUACUCAAGAACAGGUGAUUUUCAACAGAAUUUAGCGAACAUUUUCAAAAUGUAUUUCCAUUUCUCAAUGAUAUUCAAUGGGAUUUCAUAUGAACGUUGUUCAUUUCACUUCAGGAAAUAUACAAUUAUUGAACUUCCUAUCCUUAUUCAACGACAUCUACUACAAAUCCCACACAUUUUUGACAUUUAA